GUCCGAUUGAUUCACAAUGCACGAUCCCCUGUUUUAGGGUACCCGGGGCCGAUCGUGUACAAUGAGCAAGCGUCCUCAUCAAGGGUCCCUCUCCCGCCCUGACUCCCAGUCCCCCGACCUGGUGGAUGACACCCCCCAGGGCCUCUCGCCGGGCCCCCCCGAGCACCCUCAUCAUGCAUCCGGGCCCAGCAAAAAGCCCCGGAACUUCAUAGCCACCGUGGCGUGUGAGAAUUGCAGGCUGAAAAAAACCAGAUGCGAUGAGUCGCGACCCAAAUGCGGCUUGUGCAAGUCGCUGAAUCUGGACUGUGUCUACAAUGAGCGCAAGACCUCCAAGCGAGAUCAUUCUCUGGGCCUAAUCAUGAGCACACUGCAUCGACUGGAGACCAAGCUGGAGAGUGUCCCCACGGCUCUCGCCAAGGAGAUCCACUCUCUUCGGAGUCAGAUAUCGCAAGGCUUGGGCAGUCCAGAGAUGACCAACUCAAUAGCGCAUCAUAAUCGCAACACCGGCAGCUUGGGCUUACUGGAAACCCCUGGCUCCCAGAUCUUCACACCAGAAGCAGUACGGCUGAAUGACGUGGAACAUGACGACCAAGAUCCUCAUCCCAAUCCGGCAGAGUCCAAAGGCCUGGUCUCCAUCUCAUUUAGCCAGCACGGUGUAAUAUCCUGGCUAGGCGCGCAGGAGAUCCUCCCGCGAAGGCUACUCGAGGCUCACGAGAAACUGGCCAAGAAUUAUGUGAUUGACCUGGAAAUGAAGAGACCCCAUUUGCCCAUGUAUAUCUGCCCCUUUCCCGCCCAGGCGGGGGAGAACUGGCUGGAUGCCCUUCCAUUGGCGAUGGUAAGGGGUCUCUCGGAUGCCUUCUUUACCACCUUCAACCUAUAUACUCCGAUCAUCGACAAGAACUUUUACUACGCCUUCACCCUGGGGGCGGCAAUAGAGAGCAACUUUGGAUACACGAUCGAGAGUUGUGUGGUGCUGAAUAUCAUGGCCCUGGGCUGCAUCGCGGUUCACGCCUACCAAGAAGGCGAUUAUCCACUGCUAGGGACCCGGGGGACCCGAUUCGAGCCACCCGACUGGAUGGGGGUUGUCUACGAGACUCCCCCCGGGCUGCGCUUCUUCAACACCGCUCGGCAGCGCAUUGGAUUCCUAAUGUGUGACAACAACAUCCAAAGUUGCCAAUAUUACCUUCUGUCAUUUAUAUACUAUAGCCAAAUUCUGCGCCCGAUGGAUUCGUGGGCCAUGAUCCACCGUGCUGCUACAUGCUGUCUCUCCAUGCUCACCAACCAUGACGUCCACUUCGACGAAUGGGAAGGCGACAUGAAAUCCAGGGUGUACUGGAACUGCCUCAUGAACGAAACCAUCCUUGUACAAGAACUACACGUCCCGCCCAGUGGUCUCUCUCGACUGGAGGAAUACGUCCCAAUCCCCAAGUUCAUCACCUUUGAAAGCGUCGGCUUCCCGACUUCCCGCUCGAUGUCGUUAGAAGAGAUAGACGAUUCAUUCUUCCAAUAUCAUUUCCUCGCGCAGGUCGCCCACCGUAUAAUCCUGACCCGUAUCCGCCAUUCGUUAUACUUCCACUCCGACUCAGGCACAUUCCCUCACCCCGCAGUCAACGCCGAACUUCGUCACCAAUUAGAACAAUGGCGUGUCAACCUCCCAGCCGCUCUCCAAUUCUCCGACAACCCUCCAGCUCCCACCACCACCACAACAGACACCAACCCAUCCGACCCCUCAUCACCAACCUCCCAUCUACCCUUCCCCUCCACCCGCCACGCCCUAUGCCCCGCAAUCGCCGUAUCCGAAGCCAUGCUUCGCGGCCGAUACAUGAUCGCCAAUUUCCACAUCGGCCGUCCCUAUCUCUACAAAGCCCUACACAUCCCCGACUCAUUAACGGAGAACGAUCUCGAGCAGAUCCGACGGGGUCUUUUCAACGCCGUGAACUGGCCCGUUGUCGGGGGCAUCUUCCAACGAAUGAAGAGUUGCAUCCCGAUUAAAUUCGCCUUUUGUUCCCAGUUCUUCGGUCAAAUCCUCCUCUUUUAUUGUAUAGCUCACUCCCCCGAUCGACGAUUACACGAGACUUUGCCUACGGGCUGGGAACAGUGGAACCAGGAGAUGUUGCAGUUUCUUGAGGAUUGUGCGCAAUCUAGUCCGGCUGUGGCGAAGGAUCUGGAGCUUUUGCGGUUAUUGUAAUGUAAUGAAUGAAUAAGUAAAUAGAUGAUGCGCUUUGGUGGAUAGGGGGUGGAGGGUUGUGUCUUGUUUUGAUAUGAUUUAUAGAGAUUAUGAAUAUACGUG